AUGGUUGCCUCUACAUCUUUAGACGUUGUUCCUGACGACCCAACAGCAUACAAGACUCAGCAAUACUGGGAAGAUAGAUAUCAAAAAGAAGAUGCAAACACUACCUUUGACUGGUUCAAAACAUAUGCCGAGCUCAAGCCUUUACUAAACGAAGCCAUUCCCAACAGAGAAGCCAGGGUGCUGAUGCUUGGAUGUGGCAACUCCACACUGGGAGAGGACAUGUACAAUGAUGGCUAUCAGAAUAUCGUGAAUAUCGAUUACUCUAAAACUGUGAUUGAGCACAUGAAGGAGAGAUGUGCUGAUAAACCUGAAAUGAGCUGGCUAGAGAUGGACAUUCGUGAUCUGAAGUUUGACAAUGAAUCAUUUGAUGCAGUGAUUGACAAAGGUACCAUGGAUGCUUUGAUGUGCGAUCGAGGCGAUGUGUGGGACCCCUCAGAGGAACUUAUCAACGAUGUCAAGGGAGAAGUAGAUGAGGUCGAAAGAGUGCUCAAGGUGGGAGGCACAUUUUUAUACAUUACAUUUGGACAACCUCAUUUCCGCAAGAGACAUCUUCAAAGAGACUGCUGGAAUAUCGAUACAAAGACAAUGGGCGAUGCAUUCCAUUACUUUUUCUACACUAUGGUCAAGCAUGCAUAA